AUGGAGGUUGAGAUCAUCUCUAUUAAAGCAAUUAAACCAUCCUAUACAACUCAUCAUCAUCACCGUCACAAGACCUUCAAGCUCUCUCUUUUGGACCAGAGAGUCCCUCCGGUCUAUGGUGGUGCAGUCUUAUUCUACGGCCCUUCAAGAAAUAGUGAUAACAUUUUUUCAGAAUUUUCAAAGAAAUCUCAACAUCUACAGAGAUCUCUUUCCAAAACCCUAGUUCAGUUUUACCCACUAGCUGGAUCCCUUAAAGAUGACAUCUUUAUUGAUUGCAAUGAUGAAGGAGCUUGCUUUAUUGAAGCUCAAAUUGGUUGCAAGCUUAAAGACUUCCUUGGUAAACCUGAUCAUGAGCUACUGAAUCAUCUCACUCCCAUCACAGAUUCUAAGAAGGCUAAGUUUCCAAAUAGUUUGUUACUUGUUCAAGUUACUCUAUUUAGUUGUGGAGGAAUGUCUAUUGCUGUGUUCCCUUCGCAUAAGAUUGCUGAUGCAACUUCAAUGGGCACAUUUAUGCAAAGUUGGACGGCUGUGAAUCGCAAUGAUCGUAGCAAAUUUGUGCUCCCAGAAUUCAUUGAAGGGUCUUGUCUGUCGCGGAGAGAGUUCCCUAAUUGGAACAUAGAAAUGCCUUCAGAGAAGCAAUCAACAAGGAGGCCUGUGUUCUGUGCCUCAAAAAUAGCCAGUCUCAAGGGUGCAACAAGCCAACAUCGUCCAUCGAAAGUGGAAGUAGUAUUGGCACUCAUAGUUAGAAGAGCCAUUGCUGUGUCUAGAGCUUCUAGAUUGUUAUCAGGCAAACCUUUUGGGCGGUCUGUGUUGUUUCAUUUCGUGAAUUUUCGCAGCAAAUUGGUACCUCCAUUGCCUGGAAACAGGAUGGGGAACAUCAUUUGGUCGAUUCCAGUAGUGUUUGAGGAAGAUGAGAUGGAACUGAACAAGAUGGUUGGCAAUAUAAGUAGAAGUUUAUUGAACUUCUAUAAUGAAGAUGUGAAUAAAUUUCAGGGUGAUGAGCUAUAUGAAGCAAUGUGCAAGUCUCUCAAGGAAAAGAGAAAAAUUCUGGAGAACUCAGUAAAUACUUAUGUGUGCUCAAGCUUGUGUAAGAUUUCAUUUUAUGGAGUAGAUUUUGGAUGGGGAAAACCCCUCUGGGUUACUAGUCCAAACAAUGCUAGAAACAAAAUUGUCUUGUUGGAUACAAAAUGUGGUGAUGGAGUUGAAGCUUGGGUGACCUUGGAGGAACAAGAGAUGGCUAGAUUCGAACGCGACGAGGAGAUCCUUGCAUAUGCUUCUUUGAAUCCUAGUGUGUUUUGUAAUUCAAGCCGCUUGUGA